AUGGAACCCGCAGUGGUGAGGCUGCUCGUGCUCGCGCUAUGUCUCUCUUUGAGUCGGGCAGAUUCACUGCUCAAGGGCGACAACGGAACCGCAGUGCCAAUAUGGGCACUUUCUGCCAGCAUAGCGGGAGGUAAAUCAACCAUUUGCAACAAGACCUUUGCCGAUGCCAAUGGAACUGGAAUCAUCAACUUCAAUCCGAAUGUCGCGCAAGGUCCACAGGCAGGGCAGCCUGACAAUCUUUCGGGGAGCACACUCCCUUCCAUGUUCGCGGUAACGGUGGCGAAUCCUGGCUUCACGAAUCCUUCGAACGACUCCUCCUCAUACACUUUGUGGUACAAUACCAACGGGGCCAACUACUCCAAUGACUAUGCAUUGGGAUAUGAUGUGUGCGCCAUAGCUGGACUCUCAUUGAACUACAACACACAGCUGCGAGGGCAGACAGACAAUGGCAGCUGUUUGUCUACACUCGACCAGCCUUGUAUCUCUGCAAUCAAGGCUUUCGCCGCACAACAAGCCGCAUGGUUGACAACCCCAUCACCAGGACCAGACAGCAACCUCACCAAUACUUCGCUCCCGGGAAUCUGCCGUACUCUGGCCACUGAGAUUUCCAACAACCUUCCACAGGAAUGCUCAUACUUCUUCCAGAACAGUGCGGCGGCCAUUGGCUGGCCUUUGACGUCCUAUGGCGACUCAUACGAUACAGCACUGUUCCCGGAUUGUACCCUCAACGGCACAUGGAACAACAUGCUCGGCAUAUUCAAUAACGCUUCAGAGGCUGUGUAUGACGCUUGGUUUCAAGCAGUCACGCCUGUAAUCGCCAUUUGGAUGCCUGUUGCUUCCUACUCUAACCAAGGAGCGCAGGUGACGAUUGCUGAGACAGUAGCUGAAUUGGCUUGUGGACAUAUUGACACUGUCGUAGACGGCAGCUACGAGCCUCCCGCUGCCCCUUCUCCUACACCCGUAGCAUACAAUUCGACUUCCAACUCGAACAACAGCACAUCCAAUGCGACCAACGCCACAACUUCAUCGAACAAUGAAGACGACGGUCUAUCAGGAGGAGCAAUAGGAGGAAUCGUAGUCGGUGUAGUUCUUGGCAUUGCGUUGAUACUAGGGCUUGCAUGGCUUUGGCGGAGACAGACGAAGAGAAAACGAAAGACUACUGCCGAGUUGUCUGCAACAGAGAUUUCUGACGAACAGAGGCGACACGAGCUUGGAGGAGCUGCCAAGGGAGAAUUACCGGGGGAGGGACCGAAAGAGAAAUAUGGAAGACAGGUUUCGGAGCUGGAUGGACAGAAGCCUGGCGAGCUUGAGGGCAGUCAGGGUCGGGGUCCAGUCGAACUACCGACGUAAUGAGUCUGCUUUGAUAGAAAUUUUCUACACUAAUGAUGGCAUCAACGACCUCG